AUGUCACCACACGCAGACGGCACCACGGAUGCCAAUUCCAGCACCCUCAAACCCACCGCGCCAACAUUCCAGCCGGUGGUAGCUUUAGGGAACCCCAGAUACCAUUCCGCGUCGACCGCAGAGGCAAUUGACGCAGAGAACAAAUACGCUGCCCACAAUUACCACCCGCUGCCGGUGGUUUUUGCUCGCGCUCAGGGCUGCAGUGUUUGGGACCCCGAGGGAAAGCAUUAUAUCGACUGCCUGUCCGCCUACAGCGCGGUCAAUCAAGGCCAUUGCCAUCCGGAGCUUGUCAAGGCGCUGUGCGAGCAAGCCCAGCGGCUUACCCUCUCCUCCCGCGCAUUCCACAACGAUGUCUUCCCCAGGUGGGCGGAGAAGAUCAAGGAUGUUUUUGGAUAUGAUAUGGUACUGCCUAUGAACACGGGCGCCGAAGCGGUUGAGACCGCAAUCAAGAUUGCGAGGAAGUGGGCCUACAAGGUGAAGAAGGUGCCACAAGGUAAGGCAUUGGUUUUCGCGGUGGCAGAGAAUUUUCAUGGCCGAACGAUGACAGUCAUUUCCAUGUCCACGGACCCAGACUCUCGAGACAAUUACGGCCCCUAUGUCCCCAACGUUGGCGCCAUCAACCCUACCACAAAGAAACAGAUCAGGUUCAACAGCAUCCCUGAUCUGGAGGAAGUACUGGAGGCACACGGGAAGGAGACUGCAGCUUUUAUCGUGGAGCCAAUCCAAGGAGAGGCUGGAGUUGUCGUCCCGGACGAUGAUUAUUUGAGCAAGGCUCACGAGCUAUGCAAAAAGCACAACGUGCUCCUCAUCUGCGACGAGAUCCAGACGGGCAUUGGACGAACCGGGCGUAUGCUGUGCUCUGAAUGGUCCAACAUCAAGCCGGAUUUGGUUACUCUUGGCAAGGCCAUAUCAGGCGGCAUGUACCCAGUUUCUUGCGUUCUUGGAUCAAAGGACGUCAUGCUUACGAUGGAGCCUGGAACCCACGGUUCUACAUACGGAGGGAAUCCACUAGGAUGCGCGGUCUCUAUCCGUGCGCUGGAGAUCAUGGAAGAGGAGAACCUGACAGCUCGCGCGGAGACGUUGGGGAAUUUGUUCCGCCAGGGACUUGCAGACCUCAAGUCACCAAUGAUCAAGACCGUGCGAGGAAAGGGGCUGUUGAAUGCUAUCGUGAUCGAUGAGGCCCACACUGGCGGCCACUCUGCUUGGGAUCUGUGCAUGCUGUUGAAGAGUAAGGGGUUGUUGGCCAAACCUACACACGAGAAUAUCAUUAGACUCGCACCCCCACUAGUCAUCACCGAAGAGCAAAUUAAGGAGGCCUUGCGCAUCAUUAGCGAAGGAAUCACCGAGCUUCCCAACCUAAAGGGAAAGGCAGAGGAAGCGAUUAUUCCUCCUAGUGAGAAAGGCGUGCACAUCAACGUCGAUCUUUGA